CCGUGACUUGAACUCCUUUUAUACUCUUUCUCUUCUUCUAUUUUCUUCUCCCACUUGGCUUCCAACACCAUCGACUUCUUCCUCACGGUUUCGUUCAAAUUCUUCUUAUCUUUUCAUCUCAAUCGACAAAUCAUUCGGUUGCAAUUAUCUAUGGAGUCUUUUGAGCCCAACGUAGAUUCAAGUAAUUCAGAAACGAUGCGAGAAUCUAAUCAAAAGAAGCGCAGGAAAAUCGGAGACCACGCCGCCGAUCACAAUUCCGCCAACGCUGUCCCUUGGAGAUCCGAGGCGGAGCAACGGAUCUACUCUCGCCGCCUCGUCGAGGCUCUCCGCCGGACUCCAUCAUCGGUUGCCAGGCCUGCGGCCGCCGGCCAGGUCCGCGAGACCGCAGACCGAAUUCUCGCUGCCACCGCCAGAGGCCGAACGCGGUGGAGUCGCGCGAUUCUGGGCCGGUGGAGGAAGCUUCGCACGCAGCACAAGAAGGCGAAGAAGACAUCGUCCACCGGAUUGAAGAGAGCGAGGAUCAACAGCGGAGAGAGGAGGAACCGGUUACCGGCUGUGCAGAAGAAAGCGCGCGUUCUCAGCCGGUUGGUUCCCGGUUGCCGGAAGGUCUCGUUCCCAAACCUUCUGGAAGAAGCCACGGACUAUAUCUCCGCCUUGGAGAUGCAAGUGCGAACCAUGACGGCUCUAGCAGAAUUACUCUCCGGGGGUGCUCCGGCUGGUAUAGACGGUGGCGCGUUGAGUUGACCGCGCGCGUUGGUUACAACGCCUAGGCUAUAUUGCGCCAGGUGUUUCUUAUUUUUUUUUUUUUUAAUUAUAUCGUUUUUAAUGGUUUCCAGAUUCAUGUAUUUUUAUCGUGUACACUGUACAUGCCAUUUGCUUAUUCCUCCUUCUUUCGAGUUCCA